CUCUGAUACACAGAGCACAGGUUUUCAAGUGAUAAAAAGUUUGAAUCAUCUUGAACGUUCACGUUGGAAGAACCAGAGUGAAAGAGAAAGAGAUAGCUCUAUAUAUAUUAUAUAUAUAUACACACACACAUAAUUGUAUAAAUAUAUACGUCGCAGAGAGAAAGGCAGAGCAGUCAACAGUUUGACGUUUGAGAAACUUUUUGCCUUUUCUGUUUUUCCGUUUCUUGCUCUUUUCUGAGUCUGCUUCGAAAAACAGAGCCUUUUUCUCUAUUCACGGGGUUUUCCAAUGAUUUUAUAGGGGUUUCGGAGCUUUUUGCAAGAAGGCAAUUGGGAGAGGAAAAUAAUUAAAAAAAAAAAAAAUGAAUAACUCUGUCUCGGAUCACAGUCUUUACAUUGAGAGUGAUGAAGAAGACGAUGAAAAGGAAUUUCACAAAGGGGAAGAAGAUGGAAACGAUUCAGAUUCUUCCAAUUCUUCAACUGAAAUCCAGCAGCAGAACAAACCCAGUUCUUACAACACCUCGUGGCCACAAAGUUACAGGCAAUCCAUCGAUCUAUACAGUAGUGUGCCAUCUCCAAGUAUUGGGUUUCUUGGAACUCCUUCAUUGACGAGAUUAGGCAGUUCGUUUCUUUCCUCGUCGCUAACAAGAAGGCACACUCCCGAAUCUUUAGGCGCGGUAACAAAACCUUUGUUGCCAACGGCUGAUGAUGAGAAAUUGUCACAACAAAGACGGAGUUCGCAUUCUUUGCUACCUCCUCUUCCAUCAAGGAGGUCUUCGAUAAAGAAGGAUGAUAAAGCCUCCAAGGUUUCACAUGAACUCCCUAUUUCCCGUCAAAGCUCUUACGCUCAGGCUGUUCUUAAUGGCAUCAAUGUGUUAUGUGGAGUUGGAAUCCUUUCCACCCCUUAUGCAGCCCAACAAGGAGGAUGGCUUGGCCUUUCUAUUUUGUUUUUAUUUGCUUUGCUCUCAUUCUACACUGGAAUGCUUCUGCGUUACUGUUUGGAUAGCGAACCAGGGCUCGAAACAUACCCGGACAUUGGCCAAGCUGCUUUUGGUUCUGCGGGCCGAGUCGCCAUUUCAAUAGUACUUUACGUGGAAUUAUAUGCUUGUUGCAUUGAAUAUAUAAUUUUGGAGAGUGACAACUUGUCUUCUCUAUUUCCAAAUGCGCAAUUAAGUUUUGGUGGGUUUGAGUUAAACUCACACCUUCUGUUUGCUUUCAUGACCACCAUUGCUGUUCUUCCUACAGUUUGGCUCCGGGACCUUACCGUUCUUAGUUAUAUCUCCGCUGGUGGAGUAAUUGCAUCAAUCUUGGUGGUAUUUUGCCUAUUUUGGAUUGGUGCCGUUGAUGGAGUUGGCUUUGAGAAUAGAGGGACAACAUUAAACCUUGCAACUCUUCCUGUUGCUAUCGGUCUUUAUGGUUAUUGCUACUCAGGACAUGCUGUUUUUCCUAACAUAUAUACCUCAAUGGCAAAACCAAACCAGUUCCCUGCAGUGCUCUUGACAUGUUUUGGUAUUUGCACCGUGAUGUAUGCUGGAGCUGCUGUUAUGGGAUAUAAGAUGUUUGGAGAAUCAAUAGAAUCACAAUUUACUCUUAACUUGCCUCAAGAUAAGGUUGCCACUAAGAUUGCUGUGUGGACUACGGUUGUUAACCCGUUUACCAAGUAUGCAUUAACCAUAUCUCCGGUGGCAAUGAGUCUGGAAGAGUUGAUACCAUCAACUCACAUCAAGUCUCAUAUAUACGCUAUUCUUAUUCGAACGGCACUGGUGAUCUCGACCCUCGUUGUUGGACUCGCCAUCCCCUUCUUUGCUCUUGUUAUGUCGCUUAUUGGAUCUUUACUCACAAUGCUUGUAACCUUGAUUCUUCCUUGUGCUUGUUACCUGAGCAUUUUAAGGGGGAGAGUAACUUGGUUUCAGGGAAUCUCAUGUGUUACAAUCAUUACAGUAGGUGUUAUAUGUGCACUUUUUGGAUCAUACUCGGCUGUCUGCAGAAUUAUAGAGAGUUUGAACAGUUGAAGUUUUCUGGAUAAUUUUCUCAAACAUUGAGACAAACAUUAUGUAGUCUAGCUUCUUGAAAUUAUAUUGCAUUUAAUGGUGUCCAUCAUUUCCAAAUGUUGAGUCAAUUUUGGUCUCUGCUCCCACUUCUCCGUGUUGUUUCCAUAAUUUGAGGAACUUGUGUGUUUUGCUAUGAUAUACUUCAAUUGCCCAAAUUUGUGUUUUAUGGUUGUAAUUUCCUCUAUUUAUUAAGAUCAAUAGUUUCUUUUUCCUCUA